CGUGGUGACAUGAUGCGACGGUGCAAGGAGCUGGGGAUAUCGUGUGCCGAAUGGGCGAGUCGCUGCCCGCCCGACGCAGCAGCCAUCGUGUUCGUAACGCCCGAAUCGGCGGUGGGAGAAGCGUUUGCGACGUUUUUGAACCGGCUGCGAGCGACGCGGCAGCUGGACCGUAUCGUGAUCGACGAGUGCCACAUUGUAUUGAACUGUCGAUACACAUUCCGCAAGCAGAUGCAACAGCUCGGCAGGCUGGCAGCAGCCGAGACGCAGAUGGUGCUGUUGACAGCAACGUUGCCGCCGACGGAAGAGGACGAGCUGUAUCGACGAAUGCAUUACGAGCGGAAGCAGGUCAAGAUGUUCAGACAACCAACCACCAGGACGAACGUGGCGUAUCAGACCAUCAAGAUCAGCUAG